AAUAAAAUUCAAAUAAGAAAUCAGUAGCAGAUGAAUAUGUGAUCGAGAGAGAAGCUUCAACACGGAAAAUACGUGCUAGCGUUCAAUUCCUUAGGAAACUUACAUUUCGCCGCUGCCAGAUUUCGAAGUCGUGGAAGGUUAUUCCUACGCUUGAGAUACUCAUCGCCGAUUUAUAAACUCUAAGUUCCGAUUUUGCUAGUAUUCCAAAUUUGUUCCGGUUUUUGUUUGUCUUCUUCUGGUUAUUAAAGAGCAUUUCAAAUUCUGUUUCUGAUCAAAAGUAUUGUGGAUAAGCCAGUUAUUGAGCUCAUCUGAAGGUGAAAUUUUUUUGCCUAAGCACUUGAUAUUCUUAUUAUCUGUUUCGCGGUUUGAAAAGUAUAGGACUGAGGCGUUGAGAUCAUAUUUCCAACUUGUUUGGUUCUGAGACAUAGUAGUAGUAGUAGUAAUAGUAGUAGUUGUAGUUGUUGUAAACUGAGAGCGUUUUACACUACCGAUGUAGUUUAGUUGAUAGCUGGUUAAUAUCUUUUACAGUUUGUCAAUUUAUAUCUAUUAUAUACAGUUACCUAUUAGUUGGCUUUAGUUGGUUUUAAGCACCAGAUAGUUUAAAAUAUUUUCUCUACCAUUUUUGAAGAAUUUGCUGUGCAACUGCAUUCUGGCUAAUACUUCUGUUUACCUGAAUUCUUUAGUUAUCUUGGUUCAUGCGUAAUCAUAAUGUUUUUCUUUAUAGAAAUUUGAGUAUUCAUCACCAUGAUAAACUCUGAUUUUUCAACACAUAAGCAGCAGGCAAUUUCAAGUGAUAGUUAGCUAGUCUAUGCCAGUUAUCAAAACUAGUUUUGUCAUUUUUGUGUUCCCAGUUAGUUUACUUCAGCUAGAGGUUUCAGUUAUUGGAUAUUCUAGCUGCCAUUAGGCAGUUCUUCUUUCAAAUCAAGAAUAUUUGAAAUUGGAUUAGCCAGCUAUAGCUGGCUGUUAGUGGAUUGUAUCUUUCUGUAACUUGAGAUGCAAAGGCUGUUCUGCAAUGUUGUCGACUUUGCUGUAGGGAUAAUUUAGUCAUUUCUUAUUGACUAUUCUGUGUCUAUAUCCAUAGAAUGCAUUGGAUCAGAAUGUUACGCUCCGAAUUUUGAAUGAUUCCAGAACUUUGUAGUGCUAUGAAAUUGACAAUCAUCUUUGAAUGUUGAGAUGAGAUGCAAUGCUUGCUGGCGAGAACUGGAAGGACAGGCCAUCACCACCACUUGUGGCCACGUGUUCUGCCCGAAUGAUGCUAGUAAGAUUCUCGGCAAUGAUGCAGCUUGUCCUAUCUGUGAUCAAGUUCUGUCUAAAAGUCUCAUGAAACCUGUGGAUGUCAAUCCAAGUGAUGAAUGGACAAAUAUGGUCAUGACUGGAAUAUCACCACAGAUAUUAAUGAAGAGUGCCUACAAAAGUGUGACGUUCUACAUUGGGCAAAAGGAAUUGGAAAUGCAAUUCAAGGUGAACAAGUUAGUCGCUCAAUACCAACAGAAAUGUGAGAUGAUGCAAGAGAAAUUCGCUGAAAAGUUUGAGCAAGUGCGUACUGCAUACCAGAAAGCGGCUAAAAAGUGCCAAAUGCUUGAACAAGAGAUCGAGAGCUUAUCUAAAGACAAGCAGGAACUCCAAGAAAAGUUUGCUGAGAAAUCCAGGCAAAAGAGAAAACUUGAUGAAAUGUAUGAUCAGUUGAGAAAUGAAUAUGAUUCAGUAAAGCGCUCGGCCAUUCAGCCAAGUAAUUUCUUUUCAAGGACAGAGCCUGAUAUGUUCGCAAAUCCUGCUAAUAUGAUGGACAACAGAGAUCAUAUGGGAAAAGAUUGGUCGGUCACUCCUGAAACUCCAGGACCAAGAGAAGACAUAUGGCCUCCAGCAAGAAAGAAUAGUUCCAACUCUGGCCCUUUCGAUAUCUCGAGUGGAUCCCCUGCAAGACAAUCAGCAAUACCAGUGGAUACUGGAAAUAGAAGAGCAAGUGCACGUCCUAUGCUUGGUGUUGGAACUGGAGCAAGCAAUCCCUCACAGACCCUUAGGAAUCUCAUCCUUUCACCAAUUAAGAGACCUCAGCUCUCACGCAACCGACCACAGAUGUUCACGUUUUGAAGUCGGGAGAUCUUUCAAUUUCAAUAGUGUGGAGAAAUAUAUACUGAGAUGCAACAAUGGAUCAGGUUUCCUGACAUUUUACA